AAACACUCGGGAAAUAAAUUUCUCCGCUGUUUUAUCUAUUUUUGCAAUUUUCCUCAUGAUAACGCCUACAAUUUCAUUCGGUUUUUGCUGGGAAUCUCUAUGCAAUAUUCUUUUCUACUCGUUUUGCCCCACUCAACGUGUCAUUUGCUCGGAGAAAAGCAUUUGUGAAUGUGCUGAAGCAUAAUAAAAUGUUUAAAAUUUUUCUU